GUUUUUUAUUUCGCGAAAUAUAUCCACAAAGUUAUUGGGCUCACAGGGACAUAGGGUUGGGAUAUAAGCUUCUCCGUUGGACCUGUGCUUAGGGUUUCGAAGCCGCAUUUCGCCAUGGGAAGACGACCUGCAAGAUGUUAUCGUCAGAUCAAAAACAAGCCCUACCCCAAAUCUCGAUACUGUCGUGGUGUGCCCGAUCCUAAGAUUAGGAUCUAUGACGUUGGAAUGAAAAAGAAGGGAGUUGAUGAGUUCCCUUUCUGUGUCCAUUUGGUCUCCUGGGAGAAGGAGAAUGUCUCCAGUGAGGCUUUGGAAGCUGCUCGUAUUGCUUGCAAUAAGUACAUGACAAAGUUUGCUGGUAAAGAUGCGUUCCAUCUACGGGUCAGGGUUCACCCUUUCCAUGUGUUGCGCAUUAAUAAGAUGUUGUCGUGUGCUGGGGCUGAUAGGCUCCAGACUGGUAUGAGGGGUGCUUUUGGGAAGCCACUUGGAACCUGUGCUCGGGUUAGUAUUGGUCAGGUGCUCCUCUCUGUCCGCUGCAAGGACACUAAUAGCCCCCAUGCCCAGGAGGCAUUGCGCCGUGCUAAGUUCAAGUUUCCUGGACGUCAGAAGAUCAUUAUUAGCAGGAAAUGGGGAUUCACUAAGUUUAACCGGACUGAUUAUAUCAAGUGGAAGGCAGAAAACCGCAUUCUUCCUGAUGGUGUCAAUGCUAAGCUUCUGGGUUGUCAUGGACCUCUUGCAAGACGCCAGCCUGGUAGAGCCUUUAUUGAUGCUGUGGCGACCUAGAGAAUCCUAUUCAAUUUUGAGGUGUUAUCAGAGUUGGAUCAUCUUGCAUUUCUAGUUAUCUACCCUUGCUAGUUUUUAUUUUCCGAACUCUGUGUGAAAGAGCUACUAUGUUGCUACCAUUUACUUAAUUCGCAGUUUCUUCGUGAUUUUGUUACUUUGCAAUACUAAUGAAUAUCAAUUAUGAUGCUGUUAUUACUUUUGAAA